AGAAACUCAAAAAUCUUCAUAAUUUCAACCAAAUUUAAGAAAACAAUGCAAUGUUGUGAAGAAACAAUUGCAAGGCUAUUCUAUAAUGUCUCAAGUUCAUUUCAACUUUUCCUCAUUUUCUCCUACUUCGCUUCCAUUUUACUUGCCAAACUCUUCUACUUUCUUGGCGGAAAUCCAUUUUUCUGGAGGAAUCGAGUUAACAGAUAUGAAUUUGCUGAGUUUUCGGAUGAAGAAAAUGAAUAUAAUUAUCAUAACGAUGCUGAAACAGGGGAGGAAAAACAUUUUCUAGCACACACAUUUCGCGAAAAUGAAAAAAUUGAAUAUAACUUAAAUAGCAGUGUCGCUAAUAAAGUAGACUCCGUUUAUGCAUCACCAGCUUCAAAAUUUGUCCAUACUGAUGAUGAUGAUGAUGUUGAAGAGAAGAAUCUCAAUUCGGAUUCUUACAAUUGUGAUUUGAACAUGACGGAUAGCGACUUUAAUCAUGGGAAACUUUAUAGGAAAAUCAGUAAGGAUAAGAAAGUAAAGAAGAGUAAUAAGUUUUGUAGAGAGGAGAAUUUCUUGGUUUAUGCACCAGCUAAGUUAGAGAGCAAGAAACUUGAAUUCCGAAAAAUGGAGGAUGAAAUAUAUGGGGAUUCUUAUAGUGUUGGAUCAAUUUCAAGCUCCAUUAAAGAUUCGGGUACUGAAGAAGAAGAAGAAGAUCCGUUUUCUUCUUCUUCAAGAAGAAGUUGCCCCAAAUGGGAAUCUUACACUGUCUUCCAAAAAUAUGACGAAGAAAUGCUGUUUUUAGAUAGAAUCAGUGUACAAAAACUCCAUGAAACAGAAUCACUAAGAUCCAUUCAAUCAUGUCCAAGAUCGAUAUCAGACAGGAUUGUUCAUAAAUUGGCGAUGAAAAACAGGAAAUCAUCAGAGUUUCGACACAAUCCUUAUCACGAAUUGGAGGCUGCUUAUGUAGCACAGGUAUGCUUAGCAUGGGAAGCACUGAGCUGGAAUUACAAAUACUUCAAAAGCCUAAGAGCUUCCCGUCUUGAAGAGGAUCCAGGUUGUCCUGCUUAUGUAGCUCAACAUUUUCAACAGUUUCAAGUGCUUUUACAAAGAUACAUUGAGAAUGAGUCAUAUGAACAUGGUAAGAGACCUGAGAUUUAUGCUAGAAUGAGAAGUUUAGCUCCAAAGUUGCUUCAAGUUCCUGAAUAUCGAGAUUCAGAUGAGGAAAAAGGACAGGAAGAAUUGUGGUCAAGAAUAUCAUCAGAUUCAUUUCUUGGGAUAAUGGAAGAAGCAAUCAGAACAUUUAUGAAAUUCCUCAAAGCAGACAAAGAGAAUCCUUGCCAACUUCUAAUGACAGCUUUCUUUAGGAGAAACAAAAGAGCCUCUACUGACCCUACUCUUCUACUCUUACUCAAGAAAGUUAACAAAAAGAAAAAGUCAAGGGUGAAGGAUAUCGGUAGGUCAGGGAAAUGCAGCUUGGGAAAAAGGAGAUUAAAAGAAGAGGAAGAAAUGGAGAUAUUGAUGGGAUUAAUAGACUUAAAAGUGGUAUCAAGAGUGUUAAGAAUGAGUGAAGUGAAUGAUGAGCAGUUGCAUUGGUGUGAAGACAAGAUGAGCAAAGUCAGAGUUUCUGAUGGCAAAUUACAUAGAGAUGCUUCACCACUUUUCUUCCCAGCACACAUUGGUUAAAUGAGUUUAAGUUUUUAUACACUGUCUUAGUAAAUAAUUUUUUAUACUAUCAGCUCGAUAUUCAAAUGAUAUUUAUA